UGGUAUGAAUUUUGCUUCUUAUAUGCAGUACGUUGGUAGUAAGACCAAAGAUCUCAAAUAAACUGAAUGACAACAGGUGAAAGAACUUAUUUUGGUACAGAAUAAACAACACCUUUCUGAGCAAAACUAAAACUGGCAGGUGAGAAAUAUAAACAAUUAACAUUAAGGAACGGAAGGGAUAAACUGACGUGUGUCCAUUUCUCCAGAUAUUUCAUAAAAUAGCUCAUUAAUUUGUUUAUUUAAAGCUGUUUGUGAAAUAUGUAUGUAAAGAUAUUAAUACUAGAUAUUAUUAAUACUAAGCCCAUUUAACUCAGGGAACCUGACAAGCAGUUUAUUUUUCUUUAACCAGCACAGCAGGUAGUCCAGGCAUUUCAAUUAUGACAGGCUGUGAGCAAAGGUUUACCUGAAUGAACUCAUGGACCCACUGCUCUUUAGAAAUGACAAACAUAAGACAGUGUCAGAGACUAAGGAUUUGAUUGAUUUACCAGUUGAUGUCCUGAGAACCUCUGACUGAGGAGCAGAGAGCUGGAGGGAAAUGGAAUCGAGUGAGGCCAGUGUUCAGUACGACCGCUGGAAUGAAGACAACAUGAACAUGCAAGAGGCGUAUUCACAGUCCAGACUGAUUGGUCUCUAUAACAGACUGUGCACCGGUCGACUGGGCAUUCUGAUGAAAGUGGGAGCAUCUUUGACCAUGAUGGUAGUUAUAUACGCUGUUGGAUACAUCACAGGAUACUAUGUUCACCGAUGCUGACAAGGACACUAUUUGAAAGAACUGGCUGUUAUUUGAAACAUUAUGUCCAUCAAAGAAACACCUUGUUUUUUGCUGUUUAUUAUAGUACCAACAUGAAUAAA